UGUAUGUCCAGCUUCCAACUCGUGCCUCAGAGGAAAUACACUGACAACUUCAAAACUUGUACAAAGAUUUCCCUGGGCCAUGUGUCCUAGGGGGAGUGUCCAGUUACCUGAUACCCUGAACUCAUUGAAAAAUAGUCAGCUCUUCUGACUAAACCUUGGAUUUACCUAGGAGGACCAAUUUUGAUUGGAAGUGCAUCCGGUUUGAUUCCCCUUCCCUCCAGGACCAGGAAUUCUAUAUCUUUUGUUCUAUAAAAGUACCCCCUUGCACUUUGACCGACAGUCACUAUGCUGCUCUUCCGCAGAUUACCUGCUGUUCCCUCUGGGCUUAGGCUGCUUAGCCAUCAUCCUGUGGUGGCAGAGACACCUGAAAUGGGCACUUUGUCUCAAGUAGAGACCCCGUUGCCUUAUAACCAGAUGCCUGGCAACUGGAAGAGAGGCUGGCUGGAACUGUAUCGUUUCUGGAGAAAGGACGGAUUCCAUAACCUUCACUAUCACAUGAUGGAAAACUUCCAGCGCUUUGGACCAAUUUAUAGGGAGGCUCUUGGCAUAUAUGACAGCGUAUUUAUCCAGUUACCAGAGGAUGCUGCAACCCUUUUCCAUGUAGAAGGCCUUCACCCCGAGAGACUUAGGGUUCCUCCAUGGUAUGAAUACCGUGAUUAUCGCAAUAGGAGAUAUGGAGUGCUACUCAAGAGUGGGGAGGACUGGCGCAGUCAUCGGAUUUCUCUGAAUCAUGAGGUCUUGUCUGUGUCAGCAAUGAGUCGUUUUUUGCCUCUGUUGGACAGUGUUGGCCAGGAUUUUGUCCGUAGGGCUCAUAUCCAAGUGGAACGGAGUGGCCGGGGAAAAUGGACAGCAGACCUGACCAAUGAGCUCUUCCGCUUUGCACUAGAAUCGGUGUGUUAUGUGCUGUAUGGGCAGCGCCUUGGGCUCCUGCAGGAUUACAUUGACCCUGAAUCUCAGCAGUUUAUUGAUUCUGUCACUCUCAUGUUUCACACUACCGCCCCAAUGCUUUAUUUGCCCCCUAGCCUGCUACGGAAAAUCAACUCAUCUAUUUGGAAAGACCAUGUGAGAGCGUGGGAUGCCAUCUUUACUCAUGCUGACCGAUGUAUACAGCAAAUAUACAGCUCUUUGAGACAACACUCUGACAGCACAUAUUCAGGGGUUCUAUGCAGUCUCCUUCUGCAGGACCAAAUGCCUUUGGAGGAUAUCAAAGCCAGUGUGACAGAACUGAUGGCUGGAGGUGUAGACACGACAUCUAUGACUCUUCAAUGGGCCAUGUAUGAGUUGGCUCGUACCCCAAGUGUGCAAGAAAAGCUGAGGUCGGAGGUCUUUGCAGCCCGAGAAAUCUCUGGAGGUGAUCUUACUGCCCUUCUGAAGACAAUCCCAUUGGUGAAAGCAGCCUUGAAGGAAACACUCAGGUUGCACCCAGUGGCUAUCACUCUGCAAAGAUAUACCCAAAGAGACACAGUGAUCCGCAAUUACAUGAUACCACAAGGGACACUGGUCCAAGUUGGACUGUAUGCCAUGGGUCGAAAUCCUGAUAUAUUUGCCUCACCUCAGAGAUUCUCUCCUGAACGUUGGUUGGGAGGUGAACCUACACAUUUUAGAGGCUUGGGGUUUGGCUUUGGACCACGUCAAUGUAUAGGGCGCAGGAUUGCAGAGAUGGAGAUGCAACUCUUCCUCAUACACAUUCUGGAGAAUUUCAAGAUAGAGAUAAACCGAAUGGUUGAUAUAGGAACAACGUUUAACCUCAUCCUCUUUCCAUCAAAACCCAUUCUUCUAACAUUGCGCCCACUCAAAUGAUUGUGUAUGGGACUACCGACUGUUAGACACCCCACUCCUUCUUUCCUUUCCAAAUGUAUUAUCUAUGAAAAAUACCAGUUACUUUCUUGGUCAGUCAACCGCUUGGGUGUACUAGUUAGGCUCUAAUGAAAAUGUAAUUUUUUAACAGAUUUCUAUUUCUAUAAUGGUUUUAACUUUUACAGUCAGAAGAUUUUCUAUUUCAUUUAUUUUUAUCUUUUACUAUACAAAUUAAUUACAUUUUCAGUCUUCUUUUCAAAUAAAUACAUCAUUUACAUAUU